UAUUAUUCCGUCUUUACAGAGGCUGGAUGCUGGGUUUUACCGCUGUGUGGUUCGGAACAGAAUGGGAGCGCUCUUACAAAGAAGAUCAGAAGUUCACGUCGCAUAUAUGGGGAAUUUCAAGGAUACAGACCAGAGAAAAAUGGUCUCACAAGGACAGGCAGCCGUUCUCAACCUCCUGCCCCUCGCCAGCUGCCCCAGGCCUCAAGUGACUUGGUUCCGAGAAGGACACAAGAUUAUCCCAAGCAACCGAAUAGCCAUCACGCUGGAGAACCAGCUGGUGAUCCUUGCGGCGACGGCCGGGGACGCGGGGGCCUACUACGUGCAGGCGGUCAACGAGAGGAACGGCGAGAACCGGACCAGCCCGCCCCUUCACCUGAGCGUAGCGCGUGAGUUCCUGGGCUCCCCGCGGGGCCCUGAAAGCCGGACCGGCCCCAUUUAAUUAGCAACCGCUGUC